CACAUAUGGCGUAAAAGCUAAGAAACCCCCCUUUCCCUCUCGAUUCAUUGACUCUCAGUUGACUUUGACUUUGACUCUUGUUGAAACUGAAACCUUCUUCUUAUCACCUGGAUCCUUUUGCCAUUCCGCAUUUCAGUAUUCUAAGAUGACGUGGCGGAGGCUGUUAGAGCCUGUGGCUGCACACGCCUCCCUUCUCUGCUUCACUGCUUUGCUUCUUCUAAAGCUUCACCACCGCCUCUCCUUAUCGUGGUGGAUAAUAUUCUUUCCUCUUUGGAUCUUUCAUGCCAUUGUGGCUCAAGGGAGGUUUUCAUUGCCAGGGUUGUCAGCCCGACAUAAUCAAAAUUGGGCAACAGGUCAUGCUGUCGUUGCAAUGCCAUUACUUACUGCAUUUGAACUGCUCCUUUGUAUAUAUCUUGAGAGCAUAUGUGUUCGUGGUGCUCAAGUAGUCAAUAUGAAGAUUGUGUUCCUUCCAUUACUAAUAUUUGAAAUCAUUAUUCUCAUGGAAAAUUUCAGAUUAUGUAGGGCUCUAAUGCCAGGGGAUGAAGAAAACAUGAGUGCUGAGGUAAUAUGGGAAACUCCUCCUCACUUUUCGGUUGCAAUCUCUAGGGUCUUCUUCAUUACUACUACAAUUUUCACACUCUUAAAACUGAGUGGUGAUUUACUCGUUCUCAGCUGGUGGGAUUUAUUUGUUAACCUUGCCAUCGUCGAGUGCUUUGCUUUUCUUGUAUGUACAAAGUGGUCCAAUCUGGUCACCAGUGGUUUAGUGGUUUCUUCAGAGGGAAAUCGACGCCUGAAGAGAAUGUGUAACAUGCAAGACAUAAUCAUGGAAGUACCAGUUAUAGUAUUCCAGAUUCUAAUUUGUAGGUAUUUAGAGGGGGCACCUGCUUGUGCUGAAAAGAAACCUGCACCGAGUUUCUUUUCUUUUCUUUUCCAGCUGCAAAGUGCUGGUGUAAUGUUUGCAGCAUCUGCCUUAGUGGAGAAACUUAUACUGCUAUUAAAUAGUGGAGCUGCUCCAAGAAUAUAUUCUAGAGGUGUUUCAAGAGUUCAUGAUUGUUACUUGGGCCUCUUGCACCAUGGUUCUAGAUUUUUAGGUUGGUUUUCAAUUGCUGAAAGGAGCCAGGAAGAACAGGAAAAAUUGGACUGUGAAGGAUCUUCUGGUUAUAAUACGUUCUCUGGCAACCCACCUGUACCUGAGAUCAUUAAGAAAAUGCCUAAAAAGGAUCUUGCUGAGGAGGUUUGGAGACUGCAGACAGCUCUUGGUGAGCAGGCAGAAAUUACAAAAUGCCGCGAGCGGGAGUAUGAAAGGCUUAAAAAUGAGAAAAUAUUAUGCAGAAUUUGUUUUCAGAGAGAGAUUAGCAUUGUACUACUUCCAUGCAGGCAUCGCAGUCUUUGCAGCACAUGCGCGGCGAAAUGCAAGAACUGCCCAAUCUGCCGCGACAAUAUUAUAAUGCGGUUACCCGUAUAUGAUGCUUAGGUGCCAACUACUUGACUGUGUCCAUAGAAUAAGAAAGGUGACUAUAGUUGACAAAAGGUUAACAGGGUAAAUAUUCAGUCCAGUUUUGGGAUUGACAUUUAUUCAAAGCCAACUUCUUGAUUGAUUAAUACUCCAAAGGGUAGGAAGAGUUGAGCAUGGUGUUGAUACAUUGGAUUUGAAAUUUGAUUCUGGUUUGCAUUUACUUUCAUAUGCAGUUUGGGCUGCAUGAACUAAAUGUGAUCACUGUAAUUAGUUGGAACUUGGAACUUGGAACUUGGAUCUAUUCCCUUAGCUUCCCUUCUUCUCAUUUGUCUUAUAAUU